ACACCUUUCUCCUCCCUCUGCUCUAUAAAGGCGGGAGCUCCAGAUGGUGGAUACACACCGCUGGCAGGAGAACGGUUCUCUUCUGAACCAUACGGAAUAAAAGCCUACAUCUACUUUUAAAAAAUUUGCAACAUUCUGACUGGAUAUUUAUUGAUUUUCUAUAUCAAACAUGGCGGACAGUAAAGUGGAGAGCAGCGGGGAAGUGAGCGCCAAGGAGCUGAAGGAGAAGAAACAGGCUGAAGAGACAGAGAACGGAGAGGAUGCUGCUGCCAAUGGCAAAACUGACGAGGAGAAUGGUGAGCAGGAGAACGAGGUAGAGGAGGACGAGGAGGACGUGGGAGAAGAGGAGGAGGAGGA